CCAAAAAUAUGAGUUUGCAAGAAUCCAAAAAUUUAAGAGCAAUAAUCGUCAAAGUGGGAGAAAUAAUGAUAAUAGAGAGGGCCCCUUUCAUUUUGCUGGCGUUUGCUUUCUUGUUUUUACUUUCUCAUCAACUUAAUAGCUAAUGAUCAUUCUCUUCUUUUUCUCUUUUCCAAUGAGGCUCCAAAACUAAGCCAUUCUCUCUCUCUCUCUCUCUCUAGAAAAUUUGCUCGUUGGAUCUUGUUGAUCUCCAAUGCAGAGUUGGGCUACAAGUUUCUUCAUCUUUUCCUCUGCUCGUGGCUUGUAGCGUUAUUCAGGAAAGGUUUUCAACUGUGGGAGAAUUUGCAAAACAAGGAAAACAAUUGGGCUUUUUUUCUUUUCUGUUUAUGUGUCAGCGUUCCAAAUGGAGGCUAAUGAAAUUUAGCAGUGUUUUUCAGUCAUAUUUACUUAAACUUCACAACUAUAUAAAUUGUUUCCUCUAAUUUUGAUUCUUUUGAGGUGGAGAAAAGUGGGAGUUUCUUCACUACUUCCAGGUAGAAUUUGGUUAUCAGAGUGAGCAAAUGUUGAGGAAUAGAUCGAAAGCAGUGACCAGCAAACAAGCUCUCAUGGCUGAUCAAAUCCCAUUGCUCUCUCUCACUAAAAACCCCUCCAACACCACACCAAUUUCAUCCUUGAUUUCUCCAAGAUUCUUCAAUGGGCUACUGACAAAGAACCAUCAAGAUUCAGAGACAACCUUAAUCAGCCCAAAAUCCAUUCUUGACACCAAGAACUCAUCCCCUUCAGCUGCCAAUAACCCUUUUGACUUUGUUAAAACUCCAUCAAAACCUCACACCAUAUGUAAACAAACAGAAACAGAAGCAAUUGGGCUUGCCCUGAUCGACUCCCUCAAUCAAGAAAAUAAGAGUGAGAAUUCAUCCAAGCCUAUCAAUAGAAUGGCCUUGUUUGGAUCAAAUCUCAAGGUCCAGAUUCCGGCGUCCGGUGGCGCCAGCCCUCCGGUGGAGGUGAGGUCGCCGCUGGACUUCGGGAUCAAAACAAGAAACUCCCACCUCUCAGGGGACACCCCUGCAAGGGAGUUCAGUAGGCAGCUGUCUUUGAAAGAAAUGGAGCUCUCCGAGGACUAUACUCGUGUCAUCACUCAUGGCCCUAACCCCAAAACCACUCAUAUCUUUGAUGAUUGCAUUGUGGAAAGCUGCAUUGGUGAACAUGUCUUCAUUUCUCAUCACAACAAAAUGGAAUCUAGUAGUGUUUCAAGAUCUUCUUCACACAGUUUUGAGAGCUUGUGUCCCAUUUGCAAAGACAGCGACGAGAAAGCUUGUUGCAGCAAUGAAUGCCAAUUCGAGGAGAGAGAUUUUGAAGGCACAACAAAUCCACAGGAAUGAUGCUUUCUAUGAUUCUCUCCCAUGAUGGAUAUAAUGCUUAUUCUUCAUGCUUCACUUUCUUGUUUCAAAUGAAAUCAGCAUUUUCCGAAAAGGAUGUUGACAUAAAGUUGCGAUUUUUAUCAUGGGGUUGAUAAGUGGGAGGACGCCUUUAGUUUAGGGACCAGAUUUUUCGCACCAAAGAUGUAAUAUGCAGUUUCUUUUCCCCACUGGUUCCCUUUUUUGUCAGUUAAUAAUUGCUGUUAUGUUUCGAGUCACGCUCUCUUGCAUAUACAUACAGAUAAUGAGAGGCGUAAACUAUGUAAAGACAUGCUUUCAUCUGUUGUGGUAAUUCUCUCGCUAGGUUCAUAGA